GUAUCAGUGAGGAGUCUGCGGGGUUGGGCUUGGCGGAGGAGGGACGAAAUACCGUUUGUCACAGUUUCUUUGUAAGCUGACAGAGUAGAAACGAGACGCGAAAGCACGCUGGCCAGACCCACAGCAACGCACACACACAGAGAGAUACACACACACACGGCGGACUCCUCGUGGCUGAUCCCGGCCGGCAUCAGGCGACACACCGGACCGAGACAGACACAGAGAAGGAGAGGGAAGAGGAAACUCAGCCAACGAUGUCGGGGUUAAAAAAGAGAAGCUCCAAUACCUCAGCGGACAGGGAAGAGGACAGGCAGGUCACAGAGAGGAUGCUGUCCCCUGGAAGCGGGGAUAAGGGGGACUCCAAUCACGAUGGAGGACCGGGAAGCGACGACAGUAGGAGCCCCAACAACUCCGGAGGAGAGGAAGGGGAGGACGGGGUCGUCCUGAAGAGGACCAUCACCCUGGUGAACGGCGUGGCCAUCAUCGUGGGAACCAUCAUCGGCUCGGGCAUCUUCGUCACCCCAACCGGCGUGGUGAGGGAGGCCGGUUCUGUGGGUCUGUCCCUGAUAGUGUGGGCAGUGUGCGGGGUCUUCUCCACGGUAGGAGCCCUCUGCUACGCGGAGCUGGGGACCACCAUCACCAAGUCCGGAGGUGACUAUGCCUACAUCCUGGAGGUGUACGGCUCCCUGCCAGCUUUCUUGAAGCUCUGGAUCGAGUUACUCAUCAUCCGGCCGUCCUCGCAGUACAUUGUCGCCUACGUUUUCGCCACCUACCUCCUCAAGCCCCUGUUCCCGGUGUGUCCGGUGCCGGAGAACGGGGCGAAGAUGGUGGCCUGCCUCUGCAUCCUCUUGUUGACCUUCGUGAACUGCUACAGUGUGAAGGCAGCCACCAGAGUCCAGGACUUCUUUGCUGCGGCCAAACUCCUGGCGCUCGGACUGAUCAUCAUCAUCGGCUUCGUCAAGAUCGGCCUAGGUGACACAGAGGGUCUUCUUCCAGAGAAUUCCUUCAAGGGGUCCAAAUAUGAGUUCGGCAACAUCGGCCUGGCGCUCUACAGCGGUCUGUUUGCCUACGGUGGCUGGAACUACUUGAACUUCGUUACCGAGGAGAUGAUCGAACCUUUCAAAAACCUUCCUCGUGCCAUCAUCAUCUCACUGCCCAUCGUGACAAUAGUUUACGUUCUUACCAACCUGGCGUACUUCACUACCCUCUCCCCUGACCAGAUGCUGGAUUCAGAGGCGGUGGCUGUGGAUUUUGGUAACUAUUACCUGGGUCCGAUGGCAUGGAUCAUCCCAGUGUUUGUAGGUCUGUCCUGCUUUGGAUCAGUCAACGGUUCCCUGUUCACAUCAUCCAGGUUAUUCUUUGUGGGUUCCCGGGAAGGUCACCUGCCCAGUCUGCUGUCAAUGAUCCACCCCACACUGCUGACCCCACUCCCCUCACUCAUAUUCACUUGUGUGAUGACGCUGCUCUAUGCCUUCUCCAACGAUAUCUUCUCCGUCAUAAACUUCUUCAGCUUCUUCAACUGGCUCUGCAUCGCCAUGGCAAUCAUUGGGAUGAUGUGGCUACGUUAUAAGAAGCCCGAGCUGGAGCGACCAAUCAAGGUGAACAUUCUGUUGCCGGUGAGUUUCGUGCUCGCCUGCCUCUUCCUCAUCAUCGUCUCCAUCUGGAAGACUCCGGUGGAGUGUGCAAUCGGCUUCGGCAUCAUCGCUACCGGAGUGCCCAUCUACUUAAUCGGUGUGUGGUGGAAGAACAAACCCAAGUGGAUGCUGCACGGAAUCUUCUCGACCACGGCCUUCUGUCAGAAGCUGAUGGAGGUGGUGCCUUAGGAGUCCUCGCUUUUCCUACAGCCAGCGACCAAUAAGAUUGCACCAACAGUGACCUCUGAGCUCUGACAUCACAGCUGAUGAAACAUGACCUCCGUUGACCCCUUUCAGCCUACGUGCUCUCACUCUGAAGCUACUGUGUCUCAACAAUAUAUCUUUUGUUGCCGACAUUUUUGGUUUGUUACACAAGUUUUGACUAUUAUUAGUCACUAACUAUCCGUUUGUAGGUUCUUAUGCGUUGUUAUUGUUUUUUUUAUGAUGCAUUUCAAUUAAUUGUUUUAAUUUGACUGUUAUUUUCUGUGAGUAUGUUCAUGUUAAAUAUCCUCCCUCAUCACAAAACUGUCGUAUUUAGCAAGUUGUGCCUUAUGUGGCAAAUGAAGUCGGACCUGUCAGCUGUCUGAGGCUGCUGUCAGCCUCAGCUCCACACAGCUGUAAACAGAGCUCUCUCAAGUCUAAAACCUUUGCAACCAGGAGCUUCUUUUAUAUCCCCCAAGCAUCCACUUUUAGCUUUCUGAAACCAAAUUCUGCUUUCAAGUAGAAGUUGUCGCUUAGCAAGAUUAGUUAGUAUUCAUGAAGACAUGUUGUCCUGCAGUCAUUACAAAUCUUCAGCACUUUUAGUUGGAAGUGUUUGUGUUGUUCCUCGCCGACUUUGAGUCCAAACUAAUGUGCGGAUGCUCGGUUGACAGCGUAGCGUGUCUGUCACUGUAAAGGCCCAGUGUCUUGACUGUUCAGUUUUAGUCCUGCUCUGUUGUCUUUUUGACUCAGUGUGGUUUGUAAGUUGUCUUUGCUGCUGUAGGUAUUGAGUGAGCCUGUGAGAAGUUUAAUGCGUCCACGUCCAGCUGGUAAAAUGCGGUGGGCUAGUCGGUAAAUUAAAGAGACACUGAAGUUCUGGAGUGUCCCUUUUAAGCGCUCUUAACAUCUGCUCACUUAUCUGGAUGUAGUGAAAAUGUCUAAACUUAUCUCAGAAAUGUGUAGCUGAACGCCUUAGAGAAAGGAAAAAAGUUUUCAUUGAAGUCAUGUGUGUUUUUCUUCAAAGCCUGCUUGCAUUACCCGUUUAGCUCUGAAGCAUUGCAGACCAGCUGUAGCGGUGAACACGAGAGCACCGUGUGCCGUUUAGUGACAUAAACCAAUAUGGCGCAGUUUGAUUGUGAUCAACUGAAAUGUGGGUCGACAUUCUGGCUGGGCAGUCCACCUCUUUCUCAUCAUAAUAUGUUUUCCUGCUGUUGAUUUUAUUUUUUGGGUCAGUGAUCUCAUUUUCACUUUGGGGAUCAAUAUCUUUGCGUACUGAGCCCGGCUCCCAGAGCGCCAUGAAGUCUCCAUUCACACGGAAAGUGUUUAAGAGACAAUGUUCGAUUGCGUCAGUGUCAGAUAAGAGCAGAGUGACUGAGAGAAACUGAAGCUCUUUUUUAAAAUGCAGUGAAUUAGUGAGUGUGCGUGUAUGUGUAUGUAUGUGUGUGUGUGUGUGUGUGUGCGUGCGUUAAGGUGAGGGUUCAGUCGGUUUCUCAUGUGAUCUUCUUGGACACAGACAGAUGAAUCUUAGACGUCUCCUUCAGGACUAACAGUCACUUGUCAUUUACAUGUAAACGUUUCACUGUUCAAAACGUAGAUUUUCAGUUACAUUUUGAUAUAUUUUAGUGUGUGUGUGUGUGUGUGUGUGUGUGUGUGUGUGUUUGGGGUCUCUAAUGUGGGUGGAGGUAUGUGGGGGUGAAAGGUCAAGUGGGAUAAACCAUAUACUUCAGUCUGUGGGAAGGGGAGGGGGGGGGUUGAAGUACAGAAGGAGCACAUUUUCAGAUUACAGUAUGAACUGUUAGUUUUUAUUUUCAUUCUCAUGUUUUCUUUUUUAUUUUCCACACACACACAACGACAGUUACAAAAAAAAAAUGUUAGUGCUGUGUUAUUAGCGUCGACCCUCCCCCCCUAGCAACGGAACAAAAUGACAGGUUUCUGUGGCAGCAUUGUUUCCAUAGGGACAGUGUGAUCACUGUAGAGGUGGCAAAGUCGUACCCAUAGAGACGGAGGUGGUGGAUGCGGGGGGG